UGCAGACUUCGAUUCUCGUUAGUAAAAGAUUUGGAAAAACACCACAUCUAGGGACUACGGUUGCUUCGCGUUUCUGCUAGAUUAAACCCUAGAAAACCCCCCAUUUUCUACAUAUUAUCAUCGAUCUCCUCACUUAUGACUAGCGUGCUACAGAAUUCUAUGGAGAUGGUAAUGAGCAUCUCCAGGAAAGAAUCAAAAUUGCCGAUGAAAAGAAAGAGAAAGAAGGUUGACCGGUUUAUGUUUCUUCCAGAUGACAUCCUUUUAGAUAUCCUUAAAAGGCUCCCUGAUGAUUUCCCUCGUUAUUUGGCUAAGUAUGUGUGUAGACGAUGGUUUAAUAUAAUGACUAACAGGAUCUUGCUACACGAUACUUCUUUUAUUAUCCUCCAGAAGACGGGAAACUUGACAGCACGUCAUGUGGGUAUAAGAGAAGAAGAACAAGGGAUACACGUCAUGAAAGUGCAGGAUCUUGACAUACCUCCCAUAGGCAUUAUAAGGUCUUGGGUUAACGAGCUUCUUCUGAUAUCAGAUUAUAAAAAACAAUCUCUGUAUGUUUAUAAUCUAAUCACCAAGGAAGGAUCAUAUCUUCCCGAACGUAAUAUUGCAUCAUGUGGAGGAUAUUGUACGAUCAAAUGUGGAGUUGCACUUUCUUUCAAUCUGUUCAAGGGAAUAUACAAAGUGGUUUACUUGUUUAUGGGACCACCUAUCGAAUGUCAUAUUCUUAUCUUGAGAAGAGAUAUUGUUUCUUCAAAGUGGAAAAAGAUCCAUGUUCCAUGUAUGAAUGGUGGGUCGUUUUAUUCUUCUAACCUGGUUUCAAUUCAGGGUAGGUACCUUCACUGGGAUAAUUGCAUUGAUAAUAGCCUUGUUUCCAUGGAUAUGGUGAAAGAGGAAAUUGUUGAUAUGAGUGUACCCAAUUAUGAUAAGGGAUUCGGAUUUGUGUAUACUAUUUUUGAGAUGGGUGGUUACCUGGCUUUCUUUGCUGAAAAUAGUCUGGACAAAGCUGAUAUAUGGAUUCUUAAAGAUUUUGAGAGGAAGAAGUGGGAGAAGUUGCAAUCAAUUACUCUCAAGAUGUGGUACUACAGAAGAUUGUCAGUUAGUAUUCUCCACAGAUGGUGCUACAACAGAUUUCCCCUCUGUGGCGUAAUGAGUAAAAGAUCUAGAUAUAUCAUCCUGGAAUGUAAAAGCAAUAAUAAGGGUAUGUGCUAUUAUGAUCUGAAAAAUGGAGCCAUGAAAGAGCUAGACAUCCACAUUAACGUUGAUGAUGGAUGCGUCGUUCUUUCAUCACCAAGUAUUAGAUAAUCUAAAAGCACAAAACAGAAGAGAGGAGGAAGUAUUGCCCUUUAGUUCUAUUUAUCAAAAUGAACGAUUUCGUUUUUAGUCUGACGGAUGAUGUAAGAAACAAAUCAUGUUUAAUUAAUUGACUACAG